AUUUGGGCUACCCAGAGUGGGUGUACGGAUGGCCCAAAUUUUGGAAACACUGGCAAAGAAGAUCUUUAAAGGAGUUUUAGUAGCUGAAUUGUGGGCAUUUUUUUUAGCAUAUAUUUUGUUUAAUAAGAAGAACGCAAGUCAGGUUUAUUACAAAUCCAUCAAAUAUUCUAGAAUGUAUGGAGUCAGACAGCAAGAUCAAGAAAAAUGAUUGAACAACAAAAGUUAGGAAUUUGG